AUGAAUCCUCUUCACAAUGGGAAGGGCUACAUCGCCUUCACGGUCCUGCACUUUCUCGCUUUCGCAAUGGCGUUGACAGUCUGUGGGCUCUACGGCGUUGACCUGACGCGAGCUCGCGAAUCGGGCGUCGCUGCCGAUCCGAAGUGGGUGUUUGCCGAGGUCGUCGCUGGCAUCUCAGUCUUCACGACCCUGGUCUACUUGAUCCCGUUCGUUUUGCGAUUUGCCGGGGUGCCGAUCUGGAACCUGAUCCUCUUCAUUCUCUGGAUAGCAGUCUUUGGAGUGUUCGGAAGCAUGUACAUCAAGGAGGACCCCGAAGGAAACCAAGCCAUUCAGCGCAUGAAGAAUGCUGUCUGGGUUGAUCUUGCCAACGCCCUGCUGUGGCUCAUAAUCGCGAUCUUUAGCGGAGUCUAUUGGUGGGGCCACCGGGAGCGCCGCUCCCGCUUUACAGGCCGGGCCAGGGUUUAG